AUGUCUGAUGACGAUGGGAUCCCGGAGUGCGGGUACUGCUACGAUGACCAGGGUUUGUGCGAUAGGUUUCGUCACCUGCGAAAUGAUAGAUUUUUCACCGUGAAGCUGGAAGAGACCUUUGAUGUUUGUACGUACAUCUCGUGCCAUGCUAGACCAUAUGUAUUGGAGAAGCUUGGUUUUGGUUUAGAUGAUUUUGAGAAUGUGGAGACGAGGAGGGCUCACUUAAGAACUAAACAUGGUUAUGAGUUUUUGGUUAAGCUGUACAAUGCGGUCGAUCGCUCCCAUUUCGGUUGCUCUAAUUGGAAAGCUCUCUGCAAUGCAUAUGGAUUUGAGGAGGGAAUGCGAAUAAGAUUUGAUAUUCGUCCCGAAGAUUAUGAUGAUGAUGAUAAUAUCGACAUCUGGGUGGAUGUGGAUAUGCCUCCAGUUUUGCCUAGAUGUAAUAGACAGAGCACAUACUACAGCUAUGACUCCAAGCUUAAUUGUGAGGAGAAAGGUUAUCUUGUCUCAUUCAUAGAAGAUGUUGAGGCCUUCAAAACCAGUCACUCUAUCAGCCCAAAUUAUACUAGAUACGUGCCACUAAUCCAUAAAUUGCUUGAUGGUAACUUCAUUGCCAAAAACUUGAGGCUCCCGAAGCAGGUUGUGCCUGACAUGCUAUUUACCGAAGGUGAUAUGCAUAUGGUUAGCUUACGACCAACUCCUUCGAAGGCUUACCAUACUGCAUACUCGAUUUCUUCAAAUGAUGGAAGGCUCAAAAUCAAAGAAUGGAGCAAAGUGAUGAAUGCGCACACGCAAAUAAUUGGAGACAAAAUGAAUGUGCGCAAGCCACAAGUUGGAGAUAGGUUUAUGUCCAUUCUCAUGGAGAAGGACCGGGUCGGGCCCACUGGUCAUAGGCACAGGGGCCUUAACGGGCAUACGGGCUGGCGGUUGCGGGCGCACCCGAGCGAGCACUCGCCUGAAGGGCGGGACGAGGCCGCCGGGGCGCCGACGGCGGGGCAAGCCGGCGCGGCCAGCCGGGGCCACGGCGGGCGGAGGCGAGGGGGGUGGCGCCGGUGCGGCCAGUGGCACGCGGGCGGCGCGGUGGCGCGGCCGCGGGGACUAGCAAAGGCGGUCCGCGAGCGGCGCUAG